AUGGAAAAGGCCCACAAAGUCAUCAGUUAUCCAAACCAGGAGGACUUGGAGGACAUUGGGAAGGGAUUUGGACGUUUAGCUGGCCACAAAGCCUUUGACAAAGCUAUGAGGAUGACGAUCUUCCACCGCCACUGCCCCCAGGAGAUGAAGGACAAGAAGCAAGUGGCUGAGACAGGCUCUCAGCUCAAGUUUCUGCUCCACUAA